AUGGCAUCCUCAAGCUCGACUAUUCGCCAUGCGCGUCGUGAAGCUAGGCCUGAAAGCUUCGAGAUUAACACCCCGGAAGACAUCCCCAUCAUCUUGAGCCUCAUCAAGGAGCUCGCAGACUACGAGCGUGAGCUCGACAGCGUUCAAGCAACCGAGGAAUCUCUCGGAAACACAAUCGCCUUCGCCCCCUCGGAUCAGACAACCUAUACGCCAGGCAAGCCGCAAACCGAGCCCACGGCGCCGGGCAGACCGGCGCGGUGCCUGCUUCUCUUCAACGAGGCCGGCGAGGGCGUCGGCAUGGCCCUGUACUUUUACAAUUACAGCACCUGGCGCGCGAAGCCGGGCGUCUACCUCGAGGACCUCUACGUGCGUCAGUCGGAGCGGAAGAAGGGCUACGGCAAGCGGCUGCUCGUCGAGCUGGCCAAGGAGGUCGUCGCCAUGGACGGCGGCCGGCUGGAGUGGGUGGUUUUAAAGUGGAACGAGCCGAGCAUCAAGUUCUACGAGUCGAUUGGCGCCAAGGCCAUGGACGACUGGGUGGGCAUGCGCGUCGAUGGCGACGCCCUGCCGAAGCUGGCGGGUUUGCUUGGGUGA